ACCCAAAGGUAUCAGAUGUAUCCAGCCCCUGGGUACGAGGAGACCUGGGGACACGUCCUACCGGGUCUGCCCUCCCGCGCGCUCCCGCCGAGUGUGCGUGGGGCCCUUCCUCCCUUCUCGCCACCCGCCCCUCCCCGACUCAGCCGGCCCGCUCUGCGGGGGCGCCCUGGACCACUGUCCCUCGGCCUCCGCCUCCGGCCCGCGGUGGGGGAGCGCCGGGCGCAGACGACCCCUCUCGCCUCCAGACCCGCGUGGGGUCUCCCGCCGUCCCGCGCACGCACCCUCCACCCCGCUCCUCCCGGCUCGCGGCCGCCGGGCGGGGCGGGGCGGGGGCAGAGUCCGCCCCCUGCCCUCGGGCUGCUCCGCCUCCGCCCCGCCGCUCCCCUGCCUUCCCCUCCACGCCCCGCCCCGCCCUGGCAGAGCCUGGCUCCGCGGCCAUGUGACCCCGCGGCCGGGCCCGGGCGCGACGGGACGCGUAGGGACCGGCGUCGGGGGUCGCGGGCGCGGCCCGGGGCGGGGGCGGGGGCGGCAUGGAGCGGAGAUGGGUCUUCGUGCUGCUCGACGUACUGUGCGUGCUGGUCGGUCUCAGCCGGGGAGGCCUACCUGGUGUACACGGACCGCCUGCAUUCCCGCUCCGACUUCAACACCUACGUGGCAGCCAUCUACAAGGUGCUGGGCACCUUCCUGUUCGGGGCCGCCGUGAGUCAGUCUCUGACGGACCUGGCCAAGUACACGGUUGGCCGCCUGCGGCCCAACUUCCUGGCUGUGUGUGACCCUGACUGGAGCCGUGUGAACUGCUCCGUGUACGUGCAGGCGGAGAGGGUGUGCAGGGGGAGCCCCGCCAACGUCACCGAGUCCAGGCUGUCUUUCUAUUCCGGACACUCCUCCUUCGGGAUGUACUGCAUGUUGUUCCUGGCGCUCUACGUGCAGGCCCGGCUCUGCUGGAAGUGGGCGCGGCUGCUGCGGCCCACGGUGCAGUUCUUCCUGCUGGCGUUUGCUCUCUACGUCGGCUACACCCGCGUGUCUGACCACAAGCACCACUGGAGUGAUGUCCUCGUUGGCCUCCUGCAGGGGGCGCUGGUGGCCGGCCUCACUGUUCGCUACGUCUCUGACCUUUUCAAGUCCCGGCCCCCACAGCGCUGCCUGGAGGAAGAGGAGCUGGGGCGGAAGCCCAGCCUGUCCCUGACGCUGACCCUGGGUGAAGCCGGCCGCAACCACUGUGGGUACCCGGUCUCCUCUUCCUGAGGCGGGGCCUCCCACUGUGGGUCCAGUGGGUAUCAGGCUGUGUCCAGGGCCCUGGCCGGGCUCUCCCCUGAGGUGCGGAGGGGGGCUCUGGACCAGCCCCAGGGGCCCUGUGCUGGUGGCCGGCGGGCCACCCACCAACCCCACCUCCUGUGUGCUGGACCCACGGUCUGGGGGUGCACAGGGUGGCCCCGGCGUCGGGAAGGGGGACCCUGUGCUCUCAGCUCCCUCCGAAACCCUUUUCUUGAAGGAGAGGGGAACCGAGAGCCCCGGAUAGAUGCUGAUUUUGUAAAGUGUAACGUAUAUGUGGACUUGUAGUAAAAGAGUGUUUGAUGGA